AUGUCUAUCGCAUGGUCUAGGACACAAAUAUCUAGGGUUAAUAUUAGACGAUCUGAACUUUAUGGUGAGAAUGGCUUUGAUGAUGAAGAUGGGAAUUACCAUCUGUACAAACACGAUCACAUUGGGUACCGUUACGAAAUACUAGAAAUUCUUGGAAAGGGUUCCUUCGGACAAGUCAUUAAGGCUUUUGAUCAUAAGAGACUUGAGUUAGUUGCACUUAAAAUUAUCAGAAGUAAACAAGCCUUUCGGCAGCAAGCAGCUACUGAGUGUCUAGCCUUGUUGGAAAGGGAAGGAAUAAUACACGCUGACUUAAAACCAGAAAAUGUUCUUCUUUUACAACCCGAAAAGUGCAGAAUAAAAGUAAUUGACUUUGGUUCAAGUUGUUUUGCAACCGAAAAGGUUUUUACCUACGUUCAAAGCCGGUUCUAUCGUUCUCCGGAAGUAAUACUAGGCGUUGCAUAUGACACUAAAAUCGACAUGUGGAGUUUGGGAUGCAUCCUAGCUGAGCUAUAUACGGGUCGUCCUAUAUUUGCUGGGGAAGACGAGCAUGAACAGUUGCUCUGUAUCAUGCAAGUUUUAGGCUUCCCGCCUCGAACUUUAGUAAAUGAGGCCAAAAAACGUUCAUUUUAUUUUGAUUUGGAUGGUAACGUUAUUUUAAAAUCCAACUCGAACGGGUAUACCAGAUUUCCCGGGACAAUGAGUCUCGAUAGUGUUUUGGACAGUAGUGACCCGCUUUUCACCAGUUUUGUGAACCGGUGUUUAGCCUGGGACGCCAAACUACGUCUUUCGGCAGCUAAGGCCUUAAAUGAUCCUUGGCUUCUUGCCUAUAGUAGUGAGUUCACCUCUGCCCCUCGCCCCUGUAGCUCAAAUACAGCUCCCGAUCCUUAUAUUACACCAGUAAAUUACCAGCUUCAACAACCCUCUCAAACGUUCCUAUGCUGGCCCCCUUCUUCUGUCUACUACCAACAUCACUACCACCCUUCUUAUUAUCAAAUCCCAGUUCAAAAUUUUAAAGCACAUUACUAUGUGACGCACGCUGCUAAUAAGAAGGCCCUAAAUUCAGAUGGGGAAGAAAGACUCACAAGUUUUGCUCUCACUAGCGCUCGCGUUAAUAAGGACCCUAUUGUACCAAAAAGUGAAUUUAAAAACUUAUCGAUGCAGCGCCCUCCAGCUGCUGUUGAAGUUUUGCACAGACAUCAUUCACUAACGCAAGUUGAGAAAGAACUCACAGCCAAUAAGUCACCUAUCAUAGGCAAGACAUCUGCCAAAAAAGAUCCUCUACAAGAAAUCGAGCAAGACGGUUUUAUACACGUUGCCCCAUACGGCUUAUCUUAG